AAGACUGAUGCCUCUGUGUCAGGCAGGCAUGAAGGCAGUUGCUGUAACUUUCUGUGUCCUCUGCUUUCAGUUUGAAGCCCUGUAUGGAGUUGACAGCUGCUCAUCAUGUGCAUGCAAAAAUAUAGAUCAGGCUCAUGUCUCUGACGACCAGGUGAUGGUGGAAUUUGAAAAUGGAAACUUCCAUUUCACAUUCCCCAACCCCAAAAAUGUGAGUGAAUUCAGCAUGACCCUCUUCAGAGGGCAUGAAAAAAAGACGGAAAUCUGUGCAUUCCAUUUGAGCCAAGAGAGAGUUAUCUCCAAGAGUAAUGUCACCUACUGUCAGACACACAAUUCAAGCAGCAGCACCACUUUCAUUCUUAAAAAUCUGGAGAGGAAACAUAUUGAUGUUUAUACAUACUGCCUGGAGAUAUUCUUACCCCCUCCUUACAUAGAGUGCUGUCUGAAAGAAACGUAUUUGUACAUCCAAGAUAAGGAGGACUGCUUUUCACUUGGACGCAUGCCAUGGAUUAUUAUCUGCGUGAUCAUUUUUGCCAUUUCCUGUGUCUGCUGUGUUGUGGCCUGUUGCUUAAGGAACAAGAAUCAGACGUGUGAAUCCAACUCCCUUGAGUACAACAGUGAAUACAUGCCCAUGGCAGCAGUGAAUGCAGCUAAAAAACCAAGAAUCUGAGGUUGUGUUAAGCCCGGCUGUACCUCUGCUUGUGUCUGCUGCAAGGCUUUCUCUGGGAGGGGAAGAGCGGCUUGCUGUGUCUGCCACUGAUUCUGGGUGGGUGCCUGCAUGCCUGGGUGGGAUUGUAACAAUAGCUUGUUAAUGGAGAUCGUGCUGCCACCUUGCAAGAAG